CGACAGUCGGUCGCUAUGCAACGCGUUUCUUGCAGGAGGCGGCAACGGCAGCCGUUUGGAGCAAACAUACGUGCUGCGAUUGCGGAGAGCCCCUCCACUUCCACUCGGCGUCCCGGAUUAAUACGGAUUCUUCUCCGACAAGAACCUCAACCUCCUGCCAGCAUUAAGACUUGAUUCAUACAAAACUAUUGCCAACCCCAAGAUGACGGGCGUCGAGAACACUUUUGCAUCAGACAACAUGGCCACUCAAACGCAAACAAGCACGCCAUCUGUCAGGGGCAGCGAAGUCAACCAGCCAUUCACUCCUAAGCUGGCCCACCAUGACCCAACACAUCUACCCAUACACAGAUUCAUGACGAUAGACGGCUUACUCAAAUCACACGCGGCAGAAGUAGAACAGAUACCGUUGAUCUGCUAUCCGAAGUCAACAGCUUCAGAUUUCGAAGAGCACACCGGCAAAGACAUCGACGCAUAUACAGAUGCUGCAGUCCAGUACUACCUGAACAAUGGCCUCACUCCUGCGGAUCCAGCAGCGAAGAAGGCACCGGUGGUCGCGCUCCUUGCAACGUCGAGCUUUGAAUAUGUCGUCUCUGUCUUCGCUCUGAACAGAUUGGGCAUCACGGCACUCUUUCUUUCCACCAGGUUGACAGCGCCAGCCUACGCUCGGCUCUUGGAGAUGGCCGGUUGCAAUACUCUCAUUGUGCCCAAUGCCAAUUUCAAGAUUGUCGAUGAGAUCAGCGUCUCAGGACGGCAAGGCCUCACCACCAUUCCUAUUCUUCAACGUGAAGACUAUCGAGAUCUUGCGUCUCCGGCUCCUGCAUUCAAGCGCCCUGGAUGCGUCGAUCUUGCAGAAGAGGCCAAGAAAAUGGCAUGGAUAUUGCACUCUUCAGGCUCAACGGGCUUCCCAAAACCGAUCUUCCUCAGCAAUCUGGCCUGCUUAGCCAACUUCAGGAAAUCGUUCGGCCUCCGGGCUUUUUGCUGCUCCCCACUCUUCCACUCCCAUGGCCUGAUGGAAUUAGGUCGAGCUUUUUACACUCGAGCAGCAAUGUACCUGGGUAAUCACUCAUUACCGGUAACCUCGGACAAUCUAUGCGCUGCAAUUAGUGUAGCAAAGCCGCAGCAGGUGUGCGCAGUGCCUUAUGUCUUGCAGUUGCUAGCGGAGAAAGAUGAAGGCGUAAAAGUGUUGGCGGCAGCGAAACUGGUUCUCUUCGCCGGAUCCUCAUGUCCGGAUUCUCUCGGCGAUCGUCUAGUUGCUGCUGGAGUGAAUUUGGUGGCGAAUUAUGGAUCGACAGAAAUCGGUCAGAUCAUGACUUCAUUCCGUCCUCCUGGAGACACUGAAUGGCAGUAUAUGCGCCUGCUUCGCCCAGCCGCAGACCACACCUUGAUGGACGAGAUUGCUCCAGGGGUAUUCGAGUGCGUGGGGUUAGACGGGCUGCCAUCGAAAGGCCCGAGCAAUAGCGCGCCGCCCUAUAGCGAGAAGAAUCCCGAGAGGAGUUUCCGGACCAGCGAUCUAUUCACGCGACAUCCCGACCCGAGAAAGUCGAACUACUACAAGUAUCUGUCCAGAUUGGACGAGAGAUUGACUCUGGUUAAUGGAGAGAAGGUGCUGCCAAUCCCCAUCGAAGGGGCCAUCAGGCAAGAUGAGUUGGUGAGAGAGGCGGUCGUGUUCGGGUUUCAAAGAACAGUUCCAGGAGUGCUCAUCUUCCGGUCACAAGAGGCCGGUCUGAAUUUGAAUGACGAAGACUUCCUUGAGCAGGUUUGGCCGAGUGUUGAGAAGGCGAAUCUGCAUGCUGAGACAUUCAGCCGUGUGCCAAAAGAGUUGGUUAUUGUGAAGGGCGCCGAUGUGUUGUAUCCGAGGACAGACAAGGGAACUUUCAUCCGGGCGCAAGUCUACCAGCAGUUUGCAGCCGAUAUCACCGAGGUAUACGAGGCAUACGAGAGAGGUGGAGAUGACCAGUCAGGCUCAGGACUGACGUUGGACGUUGCAGGUCUGGAGGAAUGGUUGUUGUCCAAGUUUCGGGAAGAACUUGAGAUUCCACUUCCAAGCACGGAGACUGACAUUUUCUCCGCUGGUGUCGACAGCCUGCAAACCACACGACUGUGGCGGAGCAUCAAGAAGGACCUCGAUCUCGGCAAAGGUGGAGCUCAUCUUUCUCAAAAUGUGGUAUUCGACAAGGGCACUGUCGCGUCUCUCGCUCGACACCUGUACCAGCUCCGAACAGGCGAAGCACCACCUGAUUCUGAGCAUGAAGAUGAGGUCGCGAUCAUGCAACAGCUCAUAGAUCGCUACUCAUCCUUCACUACGCACUUUCCGACUCUCGCCACCCAACCAAAAUCUCAAGUCGUGCUGGUCACGGGAGCCACAGGUAACCUGGGAGCGUUCAUUAUUUCAGAGUUACUUGCCCGGGAAGAUGUCACCGAAGUGUGGUGUCUCGUUCGAGCACCAGGACAAGCCGCCGCUGGAGACCGGGUGAUGUCUGCGCUUGCUGCGCGAAGCAUCCAUGUUACAGAUUCUGAGCUUAGCAAGCUCCAUGCAGUCCCUUCUGAUCUGUCACAGACAAAUCUCGGACUUCACUCAAAAGAUCUCAGUCAUCUCCUGAGCAACCUGACCUGUGUCAUCCAUUCCGCCUGGGCUGUGAACUUCAACCUCGGAGUCAAAUCGUUCGAACAGCACCACAUCCGCGGAACACACAAUCUUAUCAACUUCUGCCUGCGAUCGCAACUUCCCAGUAUACCAUCGUUCUAUUUCUGCUCCUCAAUUUCUGCAGCGUCAGGCACACCGAAACCCGCCACAAUCCGUGAAAAACACAUCGAAGAUCUGAGUCAUGCGCAAAAGAUGGGCUACGGACGAUCGAAGCUAGUGACCGAGCACAUCACUCGUGCCGCAGCGAAACGAAAUCCAGGCAUGCAAUCAAGAGUGCUGAGAAUAGGACAGCUGAGCGGAGACGCAGGCAGCGCGAGUUGGAAUGAGACAGAGGCGAUUGCAUUAAUGAUCAGGAGUGCUCUGACGACCGGUUGCCUUCCGGAGCUGAAUGAGAGGCCAAGCUGGCUGCCAGUAGAUGCUUGUGCGAAGGCUGUCGUUGAACUCUCACUGCCAACAUCUCAGCCAGCGGGUGAUGCUGAGGACGUUGUGUAUCACCUCCUGAACCCAUCGACCUUCAGCUGGAGUUCGGAGCUCCUGCCCAUGCUCAGACAGCAUCGAGCCAUGCCUUCCUUCGAAGUCGUGGCACCGUCAGAGUGGCUCGAGCGACUAGCAAAUAGCGUCACAGAUGUGAACAAGAAUCCUAGCAUGAAGCUGCUGGAUUUUUGGAGAGGGAGGUACGGUGGUGCUUCAUCGACAGGGAAAGCAGGUGAGGAUGCUGAGCCAGCCGGGCUGACCUUUGAGACAAAUGUCACCAGAGAAUGUGCCACAUCCAUUGCAGCAGCUAGAGAUCCGGUGAGCAUUGGCUUGGCAUCUAGGUAUAUCGAUGUUUGGAUGAAGAAAUGGCGAGCAUGA